GAUGGAGCAUAUCCAAACAUUAUCAAUGUGACAUAAACUCGGACAGUUAAACAGAUUAUUUGCAGUCCACUUUUGAAUAUCUCCAAAUGCUGUCUCAAAACGUUUCUCUCUCUAAAACCCUGAACCCUUCUCUCUCCACCUUCCAAUGUCCAUCCAUCUCAAAAUUCUCAAACCCUCUGUUCAAAACCCUAACCACAAUUCAUUACACACCUCAAAACCCUAAGCCCCUCCUUAUCCUAUCACUCUCUCAAAACCUCAACUUUCCCUUUUCCCGCCAACAUGUCACUCACCGCCGAGAAGUCCGUUCAUUCGCCGGCCGGAGCAAGAAAAAGCCCGGUGGGCCCUCCACCGGCCGCAUCGAAGGAGGUGCUGAGAUCCGCCGGGAGGCGAAGCGCAACGCUCGCCGGAGGAGCCGAAAGCUCGCGGAGAACCUGUUCUACAGACUGAAAAACCCUCACAAGAACUACCCUGACAAUUUCACCGAAGAAGAGCUUCAGAUGAUCGGUUUGGGUUACGAUAGAAUGGUCCAGUUCAUGGAAAAAGACGAUCCGAAUCUACGACAUCCCUACGAUUGGUAUAAAUACGGGGAAUUCGGGCCGUACUCGUGGCGUGGAGUGGUUUUGGGCGAGCCCAUUCGCGGGCGAUUUUCAGAUGAGUGCGUGUCGAUGAUAGGCGAAGUUCGUGACCAGGAGGAGUGGGACAAGAUUGAGCAAUUCGAAAUGGCUCAAGAUUUUGGAAACAGAUUGAGUUCAAUGGAUAGGAGUACUGGGUUUCGGUACUACUGGGUGUUUGUUCGACAUCCGAGAUGGAGAGUCACAGAAUUGCCAUGGGAACAAUGGACUUUGGUUUGCGAGGUUGUGGUUGAAGUUGGGAAGCAGAGGUUGGAUAAGUGGAAUUUGAUGGGUAGGCUUGGGAACCAAACUAGGGCAUUGAUUACUCAAUGCGCGGCGUGGAUGAGACCAGACAUUGUGUACGUGAAGCGCCCUGUGUAUCAGUGUAGGUUUGAGCCUCAAGAUGAUUUUUUUCAGGCGCUGACGCCAUUGCUUGAUCCGGACACAGAGCAGGAGUAUCUGUUUGAGGUUGAAGAUGAUGAUGGGAGGUUCGAGUUUUGUACUUAUUUUGGUGGGUUGUGUAAGAUUGUGAAGGUGAAUCCAAAGGCAUUUGUGGAUGAUGUUGUGAAGGCUUAUGAGAAAUUGAGUGAUGAGAAGAAGUCCAAAUGUUUGCGGUUUUUGUUGACAAACCAUCCGGUUCAGUUAUUGCAUCCGUAUACUAAGGAGUGGAAGGCAAAGUUGGAGGACAUGGAGUUGGGUUGUGAUGCCCCCGAGGAUGAUGAUGAUUAUGGUCGAGGUGGUAGUGCUGGUGAGAGAGAGGUCACGGAUUGGAUAGAGGACGGUGGCAAUGAUGAUGGCGACUAUGAUGAUGAGGACGAUGAUCAAGAUGACAUAGUUGUGGACAUAGAAGGGGGUGUUGAUGAUGAAUUAGGUAUUGAAGAGGAUGAGGAGGAUUCAAGUGCAGAGGAUGAUGAAAAGGAUUGGGAUGAGGAAUUGAAGAAGGCAUUGAGCAGCAAUGAAGCGAUGGAAGGCUUGGCGAAACGAAGUGUAGAGACGUCCACAAAGUUGUAUAAGCAGCAGCUGAGGAUGAUGGAAGAGAAGGGAAAACCAGAAUUCUCAGAAGAGGGAAAUGAAGAUGGAGAUGAAUUGGCGAUGAGGCGCAGUAGACCGAAAGUAAGUGUGAAUGAAUGGAAGUAUGUUGGAUAUGGUCCAUACAGGAGGAAGAUUAAGAAGAGUAAAAUCCCUCCUGAGCUGUUCUUGAAAGCGGCUGUGAGACCGUUUACCUACAGAAAUCUUGUUAAGGAGAUCGUUUUGACCAGACAUGCAAUAUUGGAGGGUGACAUUGGUAAGAAGAAAUGAACCAUUUUGAUGAUUUGUUCAAACGAAGGAGACAAUUAUUUGCCAUGAACAAAAGAGGUUUAUUAAGCAUUGCUUCUUAAUCAUGUUUGAUGAUUGUAUUGUUUUUUUUUUUUUAACCUUCAAUUUUAGUUUGUGCUAAUCCAUCAUUACAGCAUCGCCUCUUUGCGUUUCAUCCACAGCCUUGUCAACUACUCAAAAAGCUCAAGCUUGAAUUACUUAGGAAAGUGUGUUUAUUGUGUUAA